AUGGUUGCGGUCAAACAGCAGCUUGUGAUCAAUGCCAAACAAGGGGAAAUCCCGUAUGCAACAGCUCUCGCUAUUGCUUUCGGUGGUUAUAAUCCGUCGCUCUCCAUCACUUUUAACGAGAAGGAUCCGAUUGGCAUGAACAUUGAUGGUUUCGUGAUUAAAAACGACAUAACGAUCGCUAGAGUUGUUGCUCAAAGUCUUGGCAUACCAGAGUUUACCGGCCUCAACUGUUUCGAAAAUUUGAAGGUGAGUAAUAUCCUUUUUUUGUCACAUGAAACCCUGACUAUUGUAGCACAGAACGGUUCAGUUUUUGCUAAAAAGGACGCCUGA